AUGUCGGCGGAGACAAGGAAUGUCAAAACUGGUGUCACCAUCAAAGAGGUAAACUUGCCCUCCAAAGGACCCUUCCAACGGGGCGUGCCCAUUCGGGGAUUCACCGUAAAGGCUAUCAUCGAUCGAAGUAGCGAGUACAGGAGCAUGGGAGGGAGCAUGGUGGCCAUGCUGGUAGCAGAUGGUGGCAGAUCGUUGAAAGAUGGCCAGUCUGCUUUGUCGGGACCGAGGAACAUUCAACCAGUAACAAAUGAAUCGGGUGAGAUCGUUGGAGAGGACAUUACGUUUCAUACGAUGGAACUGAGGAUCGACGACAAGGGUGAGUAUCAGCUGAGAGCGAAGAUUGAGUUCGUUGAUGGAAACGAGAGCGAGGUUAUUGCGACUGCGAAAAAUGUUGGGCGAUUGGUGGUUAACUGA